AAGAACGGCCCUUUUGCCUCUCAGAACAUCUACAGUAGGUGUAGGUGUUCUGACACUGUAUUUAAUUUCAGCACAGUCCGAUUUUGGAUCUAUCCUAUCACAGUAAAGGCCCUAACAAUUUUACUGAGGUGUCCCUAUUUGCUUUGUCACAGGGACCAAUAAUAUAUGUUACCCUUUGUAAUACAAAAAUACAGAUUCACUUUCAGUUUUGAUUAUCUACUACGGCUUAACAAAUCAACAAUGAAAAACCUUUUUUUCGUUCCUAUAUUAAUGGAAAACAAGACUCUCAACCAAAACUUGAAAAUGAAUAUACUCCUCUUCAUAUUAUGGAUACGGUUCCUGAUAGCCGGUGCAGGAGGAGACAUCCCUCUCCAGGUGACUGGCCGUGUAGGGGAGACUGUCACACUGACACCCCAUCUGAAUCUCACACAUCCCAUUUAUAGUGUCACAUGGAUGUUUUGUGACAAUAGGAAACAAAUAGUCCUGGCUGAAUUCAGAGAGCAGAAGUUUAUCAGAGAGAAUAAUAGUUAUUUCAUCAACCGCCUGGAAGGAUCUAACAGUGGAACCUCAUUACAGAUCAGAGAGCUGAGAAUGGAGGAUAGUGGAGUCUACACUGUACGGAUUGUUAAUGGAGAAAUGAGCGACAUAUCCUAUAAUCUCACUGUAUAUGAGCCUCUUCCUACACCAGUAAUAGAAAAGACAUUAGAUGUGAAUUCCACUGAUCUGUGUCAUCUUCAUUGUUCUGUCCCAUCCAACUCAACAAGUGUGUCCUACAGUUGGAUCUACAGAGAUAAAGACACUGACAUACUAUAUGCAAAUGGUAGCACAAUCAGUGUAUCACUGAAGGAUAAGACAUUGGGGACACAAUUUCUCUGUUUGGUACAAAAUUCUACUCAUACCAACAAUGUGUCAGUCCUUUUAUAUCCAUGUGGGGAGACUCAAACAAAGACACAAACAAAAGGAACUGGAAGAGAUGGUCUUCAACCAUUAAUAAUUACCACGAGUUUGAUGUUUGUUUUACUUGUGUUUAUCAUUAUAUAUCUAUAUCGCAGAAGAAGACUAAUAAUAAAGCACGAGUGUAACUAUGGAGUACCUGUUUGCCGUGCCAAGAAAUCUGAAACAGAGGAUGCAGCUCUUGUGGAAAAUAAAGUAUAGUUGGACUUCCACGGUUGCAGAAACACAAUUCCGAAAUUGAUUGGGUCACUAACAAGAUAAUGCAAUGGGGAACAGGCACAGAUCCAACAGACACACACAGUACCGUGCAUUAAGAGGAUAGCCACAAAAGGGUUUUUUUUAUGCUGUUCCAAAUAAUAUAGAAUAUAGAAUAGAGAAAGGAAUUAUUUUCCCUCUCCCUAUGCUAUGGGUGAAUAUAUCACUCUGGCUUUACAGCAGCUGGCCACAUUUUGCUAUACCAAGGUCAACUUUAAUGUCUGUGUUUUUUUCCAUAAAAAUGAAUAAAAAUAGACAUAACUCUGACCAAGACUAUUGUAGAAGGGUUUUCUGAAAUAAAAGGUGAUAUAUUAUUUGUA